CUUAUCUCCUAAUGAUAAAAUAAGGUUUCACAAAUAAAUAUUAGUGAAGACAUAGAUUACAUGCAUUAUGUAUAUGUAAAAUCUUUUUAAGUAUUGAAUACUUUAGUUUUUUACUAAAUUUUCUAUUUCAACAUUUAAAAUGUGUGAUAUGUUUGAAUUAAAGUGUUUUAUUCAAAAUUACCAUUGGGGAAAAAAAGGGUUGGAUAGUGAGGUCUGUCGCUUAGGUUUAGCUGGUGGCCAUAUAAAUAUUGUGGACGAAAAGCAAUUUUAUGCUGAACUUUGGAUGGGUGCUUUGAGUAAAGGCAUGUCAAUUGUUAAAAAUUCUGGUUUGAAUUUAAACAAAUGGAUUGAUUUUAAUCAUGAAGCUCUAGGUGAGACGUCUAUAGCAAAAUUUGGUAAAAAUUUACCAUUUUUAUUAAAAGUACUAUCGAUUAAUUCAGCUUUAUCAAUUCAAGUGCAUCCAGAUAAGGAUAUGGCUGAAAAACUUCACCAGGAGUAUCCUGAAGUUUAUCAGGAUCCCAAUCAUAAACCAGAAAUUGCUAUUGCAUUAAGCAAUUUUGAAGGACUCUGUGGUUUUAGACCUUAUGCAGAAAUAAAAAUGUUUUUAGUAGAAAUACCAGAGUUUCAAGAUAUAAUUGGACUUGAACUUUUAAAAAAAUUAAAAGAAGGUACUACUAAUGAAAAUGACAUAGUCAAAAAUAUAUUUUACAAACUAAUGACCUCUGACAAAAAAAUUAUUAAACAAAAUAUUACUAGUCACAAAAAUAAAAUAAAUAAACUUGAUGCUGAGCACAAAAAAAAAUAUUUAGCAAAAUUAUUUUGUCAACUUGACUGCUGGUAUCCUGGUGAUGUUGGAUGUUUUUGUAUAUACUUUUUAAAUUAUAUAAAACUUACUCCAGGUCAAGCAAUUUAUUUAGGUGCUAAUGUACCUCAUGCAUACAUUUAUGGAGACUGUAUUGAAUGCAUGGCAUGUUCUGAUAAUGUAGUAAGAGCUGGAUUGACAUCAAAAAAUAUUGAUGUUGAAACCUUAUGUAACAUUACUAAUUUUGAUGGUGCUCCUGCUGAAUUAAAGCUUUUUUAUGGCGUUUCAGAAAACAAUUACACAACAUUAUUUAAACCACCAGUUCCUGAUUUUUCAGUAGCACAUAUCAUGAUUCCUCCUAAUAUUACUUGCAAUUUAAUAACACGAAGAGCCGCUUCCAUUAUAAUUGUGAUAAAUGGACAGUGUAAAGUAAUUGGACUAUCAGAACUAUUAUUAUCAACAGGGAAAGUGAUAUUUGUUCCUGCCAAGUUAUCAAUCCAAAUUUGUACUUAUUCAGAAAAUGUGCACAUAUAUCAAGCUUUUGCAAAUUUGUAA